AUGAUUAGACUGCAUAUUCCACAGCUCACACAGAAACGCAGCAGCACCAAUGAGCCAGUAAGGACACAACAAAUCCAGUCCGACGCCGGAGAGGCAGCAGCAGCAAUAACAGCAUCAAUGGGGGUUGCAGCUGUUGCUGUUUUAACAGCAGGGGCUACAUCGUUAUCUUAUGGUUGGGCUGUUAACGCUUCCGGGCUCACGCCAUUUGCCAGUUUUCUCCCUGUACUCUUCCUCGAGCCACGGAUUUGCACAUUGCACCUCGUUAUAAGGAAGAAUACCACAGUGGCAAUGAUGAAUGAGGAGAGAGCGACCGCCACCAGCGGGCGCUCACUGGUCUUUUGGGGAGAAGUGCUGUUUUUCAAGUUGUAG